AGGUUGAUGACACUUCAUGCCAACUCUUUGAAGGAUCUGAAGCGUCAGUUACGAAAAAGCCAUCUUUAUAUAAUUCCACGUGGAAACCUCUUAUCUGGAAGUCAGAUGUCUGCAGCAGUGGUCAACCCCUCCACCACACCUGCUCAGUCCAGCCAAAUGUCUGCAGCAGUGGUCAACCCCUCCACCACACCUGCUCAGUCCAGCCAAAUGUCAGCAGCAGCAUUAAUGGAAAAUUCAUUAGAGAGAGACAUGUCAUUUCAGCUGGAGACGUUGGACCCACUAGAGUGGCAGAAUGCAGGAACGCCUGAUGUGUUUUACUAAAUUCCAACAAGCUCAGCAGUGGAUGCCUCUCAAAUUGUAGACAGAAAUGACUUCAUGCUGGCUGAAAAUGAUGAAGAUAAUGACAGCAGUGAUCAUGACAGCAGUGGUCAUGACACAAAUGACGAAAAUAAUUUCACCACAGAUGAAGAUCUUAAUCUUGCCACAGUCCUCAAAUGUUUCCAGAAACAACACUUCUGCCAAGAUGAAGAGGACAGCCAAAGCAGCUCUUCCGACUCUGGCAAUGACCUCCAUGUUAUUGUCCAUAGGAGGAAAGUCCUAUACAGUGCUUUUAAAGCAAUGUCAUCACCAUCAUUCUGCUGGAAGAAAUCUCCAAAGGUGGAAUUUGUUGGGGAGGAAGGAGCAGAUUACGGGGGGCCACAGAGAGAGUUUUUCCGACUCUUGAUGCAGGAUGUGCAACAGUCCGGUGUGUUUGAGGGUCCAUCUAAGGAGCUACUGUUCACCUACCAUCAGGGCCAGGAACAAAAGUACCUAAAGGUUGGAAAAUGCGUUGGCUGGUCGAUCGUCCAUGGGGGACCGGGAUUACGAGCCCUCAACAAAACACUGUUCGCUUGCAUGUGUGGCCACAACCCAUCCUUUAGAGAUUUCCGUUGGCAAAAUCUUGAUGAAGAUGUACAGAGUAAAAUCAAGAAGAGUUGCAAACAUCAUCAAACAAUUCACCGAUGGAUUGAACUCAUGGGGGAAUUUGUGGGAUGUGGUGAAAGCCAACUAUGCUGCCUUCCUGCCAGUCUUCACCGACAUGUCCGUCCCUCUUACUCGCCAAUCCCUCAAGUCACUCUUCAGUGUCAACUACAGUACCAGGGGCACCAACCGACGAGAGCAGGAAGAGGACACCAUCUUCAGCUGGGAGGUGUUUCUCAAGAUGGUAGAAGACAGUCAAGCAGAUGUCACUUUUGAGGACAUCCUCAUAUUCAUCACCUCAGCAGACAUGAUUCCUCCACUUGGAUUCCAG